AACACUCAACUGGCUCACUCAUAAAAUUCAGCAGUGAAAUAUGCUUAAUUCAGUUUACGAGAUUGACAGCAUUAAAAAAAAUUAUUUACAUUUAAAUCACACUUUCUUACUACCUUCCUCCGCUUCUCCCAUAAAUUCGACCUUUCCAUAUUGGUUUAGCAAUAGAAUCUGCAAGUUAUAGAUUUCGUAAGUGAAACACACACAAAAUCAAGCAAGAGCUCUUCUUCUUCUUCUUCUUCUUAUUUCUUAUUGAAGAUCACAAAGAUCUCAAAAAAUCUUUUCCAUUUUCAUUCAUUCCUUGUAUGCAUAUAUUCAUUCAACCCUAAGUUUGUUUUCUCUAUAUAUACAAACCCUUUAGUCCCUCCGCCUCUCACCACAAAACCUGUGUAAAAUUCAUAGCCAUUAGCCAUUAACCUCUUCUUUGACAUUGUCUCUCUCUAUUUUAUAACCCUUUCAAUUUCUUCUUUGUUCAUCAAUGGCUCCAAGUUUUAGAAAAGGUCCCUCAGAUGUCACUAACCAAUCUCCAAUCACGUUGGAAGGUUCAAACUUCUUGGCCAAUGGUCAUGUCAUUCUCUCCCAAGUCCCUGAUAACAUCACAGCCUCACCUUCACCAUACACAAACAUUGACGAAUCCAUCACCAACGUUGGUUGCUUUGUGGGCUUCAAUGCCAAGGAGUCCACUGACCGACAUGUCGUUUCCAUUGGUAAACUUAAAGACAUAAGGUUCAUGAGCUUAUUCAGGUUCAAGGUUUGGUGGACCACACACUGGGUUGGUUCCAAUGGUAGAGACCUAGAGAACGAGACCCAGAUGGUGAUUCUAGAAAGUUCUGAUCUGGGUCGUCCUUAUGUUCUCCUUCUUCCUCUUUUGGAAGGUCCUUUUAGAGCCUCUAUUCAACCUGGUCACGAUGAUAACUUUGAUCUUUGCGUUGAGAGUGGCUCUUCUAAGGCCUUUGGUGACUCAUUCAUAAGUGUCAUGUACAUGCAUGCUGGUGAGGACCCUUUUCGUUUGGUCAAAGAGGCGAUGAAAGUUGUGAGGGUUCACUUGGGUACUUUUAAGCUUUUGGAAGAGAAAACCCCACCUGGUAUUGUCGACAAAUUUGGUUGGUGCACUUGGGAUGCAUUCUAUCUUUCUGUGCACCCUCAAGGUGUUUUAGAAGGUGUGAAAGGUCUUGUUGAUGGUGGAUGCCCACCUGGGCUUGUGUUACUUGAUGAUGGGUGGCAAUCAAUUGGUCAUGAUUCUGAUCCAAUCACACAAGAGGGUAUGAAUCAAGCUGUUGCUGGUGAACAAAUGCCAUGUAGGCUCUUGAAGUUUCAAGAGAAUUACAAGUUUAGAGACUAUGUUAGUUCUAAAAAGUGUGACAAUCUUAAGGGUAUGGGGGCCUUUGUUAGGGACCUAAAGGAGGAGUUUAAGAGUGUGGACAAUAUUUAUGUGUGGCAUGCUUUGUGUGGUUAUUGGGGUGGGGUUAGGCCCAAUGUGCCUGGAUUGCCUAAAUCUGUGGUUGCAGAGCCCAAACUCUCACCGGGGUUGAAGUUGACCAUGGAGGAUCUGGCAGUGGAUAAGAUUGUUGACACUGGUGUGGGACUUGUCUUACCGGAGAUCGUCGAUCAAAUGUAUGAGGGGCUUCACUCACACUUGGAGGCUGUUGGUAUUGAUGGUGUUAAAGUUGAUGUUAUUCAUUUGCUGGAGAUGGUAUGUGAGAAUUAUGGUGGCAGAGUUGAGCUUGCAAAAGCAUAUUACAAAGCCCUCACUGCCUCUGUAAAGAAGCACUUCAAUGGAAAUGGUGUCAUUGCUAGCAUGGAGCACUGCAACGAUUUCAUGUUCCUCGGAACAGAGGCCAUAUGUCUUGGCCGCGUUGGGGAUGAUUUUUGGUGCACUGAUUCAUCUGGUGAUUGGCUCCAAGGGUGUCAUAUGGUGCACUGUGCUUACAAUAGCUUAUGGAUGGGCAACUUCAUUCAACCAGAUUGGGACAUGUUCCAGUCUACUCACCCAUGUGCUGCUUUCCAUGCUGCAUCUCGUGCUAUUUCUGGUGGUCCUAUUUAUGUGAGUGACACUGUUGGGAAUCACAACUUUGAAUUGCUAAAGACCCUAGUAUUGCCUGAUGGGUCCAUUUUGAGGUGUGAGUACUAUGCACUUCCAACUCGAGACUGUCUCUUUGAGAAUCCUCUCCAUGAUGGGAAGACUAUGCUGAAAAUUUGGAACCUCAACAAGUACACCGGAGUUCUUGGGGCAUUCAACUGCCAAGGAGGUGGAUGGUCUCGUGAAACUAGGAGCAACCAAUGCUUCUCCCAAUGUUCCCAUGUUUUGACCUCUCAAGCCAACCCAAAAGACAUCGAGUGGAAGAGUGGCAAGAAUCCAAUUUCCAUUGAAGGAGUACAAGUUUUUGCCUUGUACUAUAACCAAGAUAAGAAGCUAGUCCUUUCCAAGCCAUCCGAGAAUGUAGAGUUGUCUUUGGAGCCAUUCAAGUUCGAGCUCAUAACUGUGUCCCCAGUGACUGUCUUGGCUGGAACUUCUAUUGAAUUUGCUCCUAUUGGCUUGGUGAAUAUGCUCAAUACCGGUGGUGCCAUUCAGUCCUUGGCCUUCAAUGAUGAUGGCAAGUCAGUUCAAAUUGGAGUGAAGGGUACUGGAGAAAUGAGGGUGUUUGCAUCAGAGAAGCCAAUUGCUUGCAAGAUUGACGAAGAAGUUGUACCAUUUGAGUAUAAGGGGUGCAUGGUUGUUAUUCAAGUACCAUGGCCCGAUUCUUCCAAGUCAUCUAUAGUAGAGUAUUUCUUCUGAAGGGGCUGAAUUUUAUUAGCCUCCUUCAGUAUUUUUAUUAUUUCAAUGUUUUUUUUUUAGGGAUAUUUGAUGACUUCUUAGCUCCCUAAGAUAGGGGAAGUAUAAUGUCUUUUUUUAGGGAUUUGAUGACUUCUUUGCUCCAUAAGAUAGGAGAAAUUAUAAGGUCCUCACAAAUAAGAGGGAAUGUUAGAAUACCAAUUACAUUCACCAUUUCUCAGACUCUUAUUUAAGUUCAACAACCCAACUGAACUCCCAGAGUAAA